GCGGGACGCGGUAGGGAGUUGGCCGCCAUGAGGCACCUGCCGUACUUCUGCCGCGGGGAGGUGGUGAAGGGUUUCGGCAGGGGCUCCAAGGAGUUGGGCAUCCCCACUGCUAACUUUUCUGAGCAAGUAGUCGAAAGCUUUCCAUCCGAUAUCUCUACUGGUGUAUACUAUGGUUGGGCCUGUGUUGGAAAUGGAGAUGUGCAUAAAAUGGUUUUGAGCAUAGGAUGGAAUCCUUUCUAUAAAAAUGUUAAAAAAUCGGUGGAAACACACAUUAUUGACACUUUCAAAGGUGACUUUUAUGGUGAGAUUCUUAGUAUAGUUAUUCUUGGAUAUAUUCGAUCAGAAAAAAACUUCACUUCUUUAGACGCACUCAUUUCAGCAAUUCGGGAAGACAUUGAAGAGGCAAAAAGACAGCUAGAUUUACCAGAACAUCGUAAACUCAAAGAAGACGACUUCUUUCGUAUGCCAGAAGGCAAACCAGUAAACCACUAAGCAAAACCAUUUGUUUUUUUUAAUCUCUUGGAGCAUUUUGCACUACCAUGUAUCAUGUGUAUUUUGAUAUAUGAUGCAUGUGUGUGUACUGUGUUUGGGUGGGAUGGGGUUAAUUUUCUUCAUAGCACCUUAUAUGGUGCUGUGCUUUAGAUUUGUGACCAAAACAAUGAACAAAACACAUUAAUAUUUGAGCUAUUCCUGAACAGUACUUGCACAGCAUCAAGGCCUUCUCUGUUUCUUGCUCUGCUUCCCCACUGAAUAAAUUGGAACUGUACAAGGGAGGGGACACAACCCGACAGAUGACCUCGCUAACCAGAAAUACUCCAUGCCAUGUAGUGGUCAUGCUGAGCAAUAAAAUGGAGAGAAGGGGGUCGGCUAACUUGUUUGGGACCUAGCUGGACAUAGGUCUGUUCAGGGAAGGUGGUGAAUGAUUGCCUUGUUUUGUCUUCUUUUUUUCAUUCCUUCUCUUUGCUUGUUAAUCUAUUUUUCAUCUCAGCCCACAAAUUUUACUGCUUUUAAAAGCAGUCCCAUCCCAUUCUGAUCCUGCAUUUUGUGGCAUUUCACUGCAGUAUUUUAAAGAGCUCUGCCAGGGUAGCGUUAUGGAAUUCCCUGUGGUGGGUUCUGUCAGCCUGCUAGGGUUCUAGUUCAUAAUGUUUUAACAUGCAGCCAGUUUCAUGAAGUAUUUGGGAAAAGGCCUUGAGCAAGUCAAGGAGUCCUUGUAGCUGUACAGGAGUUGGUUAUUCAGAUGCUCAUCAGUCCUGUGGAUGGCAAAGACAGAAGGGGAUAUACACCUUUUGAGGGAGGAAAGAAUGAUUUCUAUAAAGACACGUAAGAGAAUGAGCAUCAUUUUGGCCUAUGUUGUUAAGUUUGUUUACAAAUUUAUCUCUCCAAAGACACUGACAGUUUUGUCCUAAUCAUUGCCUGGACAUUUUCAGCACACUUUGGCUUUUCUAGGAGAAAAAUAAUAAAAGAAAACAAAAUUUACCUGCUGUCAGGAAAAAAAAAAAAGCCAAAACCCAAAAGCAAACCC